AUGAACGCAGUCCUCCGAGGAGAAGUGGAGCUGUGUCAGAGCCGCUCUUUCGACAUGUGGAAGCGCAUGUUGGCAAUCAACCAAGAGGGAAGUGCACAGAUUAUACAUGGCAGGGUGUUAAGGAGUGUUGAGGAUGCAUCAUGUUGUACAUGCCAACGAGGACCACCUGGUAAUCCUGGGCCUCCUGGUCACGACGGCACGGACGGAAUUCCUGGAAAUGACGGUCCACCUGGCAAUGUUGGACCUGAUGCCGAUUUAGAUGAUACACUGUUACCUAUUCCAGAGCAAUGCCCAUGCGAAGCAUUGCCAGGGGACCACCAGGCCUACCUGGAGAUGUUGGAAUGCAUGGACAUAACGGACCAAAGGGUCCACGCGGAUCUCACGGGAACUAUGUUCCUGGUCCAAAUGGAAGAAAAGGCGGUCGUGGAUCACCAGGUCCUUCCGGAAGACAAGGAGAGCAAGGACAAAUGGGUGUUCCUGGUGAACCCGGCCCACAAGGUCGGCUUACCAGGCGACAUUGGAGAGCAAGGUCCCAAAGGUCCAGAUGGCACGUGCGAUCACUGUCCGCCAGCAAGGCUUUCACCCGGAUAUUAA